AUGGACUGUUUGAGCUCGGGGUCGCGCAGGCACGCGCCGCCGACGCAGCGACCGCCGCGACGGCCCUCGACGGCCCUCGACGGCCGCCUGGACGGGUCUCACAUCGGCGCGUGCGCCUCGCCCACGUCAGCGGGGAUAACGCCCCCCGCUGUAGGGGGGGGGUCCUCGAGGUCCAGGGUCCUCGAGGCCGUCGCUCCAGCCCCCGCGCGCCGCGUCCGGCGCCAUCCACUCGAACGGCGGCGUGUCCUCCUCGACGCCGCCGUCCGCAUCGUCCAACAGUGCCCUGAGACCCCCCCCCUCCUGACGUGGCUCGUACUCCGUCCCCCGGUCGAGGUAGCCCGCGGCGCCGUCGUAGUGCGACGGGUCCCAGUCGUCCUCCGACGCGCACCGUUCCUGCGCACCCGUGGCAUGCAACCCUCCACGCCGCGCGUCUUGCACCUCAUGCCACACCCGCCCUCUCCCGUGCCCACUGUCGCGCUCACGCCCCCGAUCCACGCCGGACCCGUCCCGCCAGCGCCUCGCCGGGUCUCCGAGCCGCCGCCCGAGCGCCCCUGA